CCUGGUGCUCUGGCAGCGGCUGUGUUCACAAUGAGAAGUUGCUGAUGUUGAAACAUCCUGAAACCAAACUGGUCUAGCCGUUAAUGUGAUUAUGUCACCAGGACCAACCGCUGCUGCAGCCAGUGUGAGCAGGGGCCUACGAGGGGAAUAAAACCACGUAGAUUCACAAAUAUGUGCAGAUAUUUAGAUUAAAAACUGAAUCUGCAAGUAACUCCUCACAGUCAGAAUCACAGUGUUGUGGAGUAGAAGUGAGUAAAACCAGUGACAUUCAGUCACUGUGUGUUGAAUGAAUGAAUGAAUAUUGGGAAUACCAGGUGCUGUAAGCUUUACAGCCAGCAGAGGGCGCCACCGCCGCCGCUGCUGCUGCUUCAGGGGAGACUGUGAGUUGUAAACACAGGCUUGAGAACGUAAAGAGUCCUUUAACUUUGUGAAUUUAUUUUCCAGCAGCAGCUCAGGUUAAUGUGAGUCAAUCUGUCUGGAGCUUUCUUGUGUUUUUUCAAAGCCACGUAUUUUAUUUUGCCCUCCUAAUAACUUGAAUGAGCGAGUUGUCCAACUUUUCUGUGAUUGAGAGUUGGGCUUUACGAGGAGCUCCUGAACGCCACAGUGAUUGGUCCCAGACACACCUGGGCAGAUUCACCUGUACCCGAAUACGGGAAAGACGCGGAAAAUAAGUUUGGAGAUAAUGUUUUAACUUUAACGCUGUCGUUUCCCUGAAAUGAAAAGCAGUCGUGUGUGUUUCCAGGUGCGAUGUUAAUACCUGUGAGCCGCAGGUUUUCAGCUUGAAAUGAACGAGAUGGCUGAAGGACAUGACGGGUGCGGCAGUCGAAGGAGACCGGUAUCUGCCUCCAGUUCCCCUCUGUCGUCUCCCUGCUGCAGCUCCACCCAAACAUGGCUGCCAGCUGAAUCUCCCCUGCCGCCUCCCUGGAUGAGUGGUCAUCAGCUGGAGCCAGCUGAGGACUCUGGCCACCAUCACGUGGGGAUGCAGACUAGUGAACUUCCUUCAUCUCAUUUCUAUGAAGAACUGUUCUGUACCUGCCAGACGUCCGUCCCUCUGGUCCAGCUGGCCGGCGCCCUCGUCUCCUCCUCUGGGCCGCACAGAGAUGUGGUGAAAGAAGGUUACCUGGGGAAGCUGGAGCGAAACCACAGGAGAUAUUUUGUCCUGAGAGCAGGGAGUCACACUGGGCCGAGCCGACUUGAGUGGUACAAGAGCCGGGAGAAGUUCACAGCAGUGGAGAAGUCUGCCAGCAAAGCUGCGCUGUUUGGGUCGAGCAAGCAAGGGGUUAUUUACCUGAGGUGCUGUCUUGGUGUCAGCCGGACUGGCAGUUCCAGGAAAGGCCACAUGGUUGCGUUGUAUGCCAAGGAUCAGACCAUGGUGCUGGUGGUGGAGGACCAGCAGCAACAAGACGACUGGUAUCUGGCCAUUAAGAGACUGAUGGAGGAAGAGCGGAAGGAUGACGAGCACGGAGAGGGGUUUGAUGAAGAGGAUGAUGGGUACUGCACUCUGCCCCCGGCUGCUUCCUUCAAAGAGGUCUGGCCUGUCUCAGUGAAGCCCAGAGGUCUGGGCCGGUCCAAGUCCCUCACAGGAGAGACCCGGCUCUGCCUCACAGCUACCGCGCUCAUCUUGGUCAGAGUGGGUGCUUGCAGUGAUUUGCGGUCGGUUACGAUACCUUUGCUCAGCGUUCGGCGCUUUGGUCAUUUGGAUGGCUCGUUCUUCUUGGAGCUCGGCAGGUCGGCGCCCGACGGUCCUGGAGAGAUCUGGAUGGAGGCAAGAGACCAAGGAAACUCAGGAAUUGCCCAGAACAUUCAUGAAGCAGUGCGGGACACAGUACGAGCACUGCGAGCUCUUCCUGACUUUAGCAGGUCGCCAGCCUCCAACCACAAUCAGCUUCAAGCACUUCUGAUCUCAAAACGCAGCAGAACCAAACACAGAGACAAGCUGAGCAAUGUGAGACCGCCUAGCUCCCUCCAGGCCUUGCCACCCAGAAGCAGUGACGUCCAGACUAGUCCAACGCGGUGUUACCCGGAGCCCCACAGACCAGAGAGAACAGAGCCUGAAUCCACUCUGAGUUUCGCCUCACACCUCAGCCCUGUCAGAUCCCAGCAAAGGUCCGUGUCUGAGACUGGCAGCUACAUGGAAAUGAGGAUGCAGCACUGUGGUGCUGCAGCCUGCAGGAUGGAGGGAUGGGAGCUGGGAGACGAGCAGGAAGGUCUGGGCUACAUGAUGAUGUCCCCACAAGUCAGCCACAGUUCAUCUGUGUUACCUCAGGAUGACUAUGUGACCAUGGCGAGCCCACAUAAACACCACUGGCCUCCCUACGCUUCACCCUCCUCUUCCCUUCAGACGUCAGUCAACAGCUCCUCCUCUGACGGCUGCUCUCCGGUGCACCCAUCACGUCAUCAGACCAGUGAGCACAGUCGGCCACACUGGCAGGUGACCCCAGUCCAACGGUCAGAAACAGACGUUGGCCAAUCACAGACGAGCAUCAGCUGCUCCUCCAGACCGCUGGUGGAUGAUGCGAGGGUGGAGAAGAAAUCAGCCGAGCACAGACGUCACUCAGCACAGACCAGGGCUGCUUGUUCUCCUGUGGGCAGCGUGGAUGUAUCUGACCUGAGGCCUCCAUCUACCUCAAGCGGGCCAGGCUAUACUAGGCCAGUCCAGUCUAGUCCAAGAUCUGAUACAGGCCGGCCUAGUCAACUUCAAGCUGUACCAGACCAGUCUUCUGUUAGAAGACACCGGCUGCCAUCCUGUCUGCCUUCUUGCCUGCAAAGUGAGGACACAUCCUGAGUGUCUCGGUUAUUUACUCUGGUGUGGCAGGUCGCUCUGUGACUGGAUGUCAGGAAAAUCCAAAGUGUCAUGAAUCAUGGAAACAGCUGACACGUCCAUCUGCUGCUCUUAUUUGUGUGUAAAUGCACUGUGGAAUUGUUUGGUUGUUUUUUGAAGAACGUGUUAAAUCACUCAGCACUUGAUGUUUCACUGUCACACGAUGUGUUUAA